AUGGCGUUCCUAGCAUCGCUUAAGAUCGUCAAGGUUGAGUUGCCCUCGCGCCAUACCUCUCCCUCCUAUGAGUACGAGGAAAAGGAGAAUGUUGACGAGGGCUGCGACCUGGAUGAGAAGAUGGGUGAGGUUAAUGAGGCUGAGGUUGAGGCGGACAGAAUCCUUGUCAGUAUCGCUUAG